AUGGCCGAAAGUAGAGGUCCAGGAUACUGGAAAUUAAAUAAUUCUAUUUUAGAAGAAAAUGAAUAUUGCAAUAUGUCAGCAAUGCAGGACAGAAUUCAUGAAAAAUACAAAUGCGAUUUUGAUCAUGUUUUUGAAAGUUUGUGGAAAGGUCUAAUAUAUUUGUCGGCAUUUAUACAGAGCUUGAAUGUAAUAACUAGAGGGAGAUCUCAAGAUGAUUACAACUACAUAGCUGAUAUACUGUAUCCCUUGAUUGAAGAGGCAAAAACUAAAUUUGAUGGAAUGACGAUAAACGCUGAAGGCUUAUUACAACAGAUAAACUCAGAUUUCGAGCAAUGCGUGGUUGAUUUGAAGAUUAAGAAUGACAUGUUAAAGAACAUAGUUUCGCAUCUCAAUGAAUUGGAGAAGGAGUUAGAAGGGGCACAAAAAUGUGUAGACAAUGCCGAGCAUCAAUGCAGGAUAAAAAGAGAACAUUUAUCAGCUGCAGAAAACGCACUAUCAAAUGCUAAACGUAAGCUCGAAGUCGCUAAGAGAAACCAGAUUAAAACCGUUGUUGCUGGUGUAGCAACUACAGUAGCCUCAUUUUUCGCUUCACUAUUUGUUCCACCCUUGGGUAUAGCUGGUAUGGCAGCCGGAAUCAGCACAGGAAUAUACGGUGUCACAUUCCUUCAUAAAACAGUUUCGACGUGUUUAAAUAAUUUAAAAGCUGCUCAAAGUGAAGUGCAAUCGAGUGAAUCUGCACUGGAAAGGGCAAGAAAUCCUAAAACUGAGGUUGAAAACAAGCUGAACAUGGCAAACAAAAAAAAACAGCAAAUAAAGACCCAAAUGGAAGAACUGUUGACUUUUGUCUUUUAUAAAUUCUAUACACUGCUUGAUGAAACAAACUAUAUGAAAACUCUUUGCAGUGGUGAGGAAAGUCUUCAACUAGCUUCCCAUGUGUUGCAACUUUUGUUUUUAGGACAUACAGGUUUCAGGUUCCCUUUUGCACAUUAUCCGACGACACAAGUCACUCCAUCUGAAAUGCUUUUAAUAUUUUGGCAAUCAGUAAAAAUGCUAGGAUUGUUUGGUUUCACAGUAACAUAUGUUAGUCUUGAUGGUGCUCAAUACAACAGAGACUUCAUGAAGAUAUUAAUUGAUGGUAAGACAUCAGAAACAAUGUUUUCAAUGAGUAUUAAGAACAUAUAUGACAGUUCAAAACCAAAUAUACAUGUUAUAAUGGACUAUUCCCAUGUUAUGAAAAAAAUUCGGAACAACAUAUCUAAAAGCGGUCUUCUCAAUACUCACAAAAAAGUAUUAAAAUUUGAAUCAAAUCAUAUUUUUUGGGAGCACUGGUACAAGGCAUACCAAUGGGACAUAGCUGUGAACCCAUUCAAAAUUUAUCAGCAGUUAACUAUGGAACACUUUUUUCUCACAUCUCAAUCAAAGAUGCGGAAUAAACUAGCUGAGGAUGUUUUAAAUGAAAAUAUGCUUCAUUUAAUGCAAUGCUACCAAACUUCACUGAAAGAAAAAGGAGACGAGCUAAACAGUAGCAUUGAAUUUCUAAAAAAAACUUCUGUACUUGCAAAAAAAUUUAGGGAUCAACGUCCCAUAUGUCAGUAUUCUGAUAAAAGACUUGAUGAGAACAGAGAGGUCCUGAAUUGGUUCAGAGCUUGGGAGGCUAAUUUUAAGCAAAGUACUGAAAUCAAAGAUAAAGAGAAGUGCCUAUUAUCAUUUCAAACAAGGGAGGAUCUUACCUCACUUCUGGUGGGUUUUGAUGAAAUGUGUAAAGAUAGAUUUCAACGCAUAUCCUCAUCAAUUAUUCCACAUCGAAUUAACAGUGAUGUUUUAGAAAACAUAUUUUCUCAACAAAGGGGUCUACACAAUGGAGCAAAUACCAAUCCUAUUUACCUAACAUACAGUAGAACCAUGAACACUAUUAUACUUGGUGAAGGUUCAAUAUCAAGAAAAUCAAAUACAGGUGGACUGUCAAACUGUACCACGACAAACAUCUAUACAACUGGAACUUCCAAGGAGACAUGUAGCGAGCCCUGCAAGAAAAUCAGGAAACAAUAA